AUGGACGCGCCACAAUCUAUGCUAAUUCAGCACUCUGAUAAUGGUCUAUCCCUGAAUACUUCGAAUAGUACCAAUAAUAACAUUCCAAAAUACUACCAAGUGGCUACUCCAAAUUCGCCUCAUGAAGAGUUUAAUGAUGACUCUAUGCUUAUUCAUCCAAGAGAAGAAAGUGCUAAAGAAAGUGAAGAUGUGGAAAGACUUAAAUAUGAGACCGCAAAAAGUGAAUUAUUGGACAAACUAAAUCUACAUAUUUUAAUAAAUCAUAAAAAAAUAAGAUCAAUUGAAGAUGAGAUCGGUCGGAUUGACUCACAACUUAAACUUGUUGAAACUUUGCACGAUGACACUGACUUAUUAGAUAAAAUCGAAAAAAACAAACUGAAAAAAAUUGAAUUGCAAAAAGCCCGGUCGUCAUCCUUUAUGUCAUUUUAUCCUUCAUCCACUUCAAAUAAUGAAAAUCUUCCGAUAUCAGCGAGUAGCAAUAUUCCACAGCAUCACUAUCAAACAAGAAGCAAAAGCACGACGAACACUUUUGAACUUACACAGGACGAUUCUGUUCUUGGUAAGCGAUCUAAAAACCCUUCUAAGGGCAAGUUAACAAUAUCUAAUCCAAAUGCAUUUCAGGUUCAAGAAUUUAAACCAAAUCAGAUGAACGCACAUCAUAGAAGAACAUAUUCGACAUCAUGCCUCUCAAAUAACAGUGGUAUCAUUGGACAAACUGAAAAUAACGAACCUAUAUUCAGAAGAUUUGAUGGUGUACUUGUAGUUAUAAUGUGCUCAAUGUGCACACGUUCUGGAUUCACCUCAGCACAAGGGAUGGUGAAUCAUGCACGUCUGAAACAUCACAAAACGUAUUCCAGCCAACCACUUGCAGUGCUGAACAAUCAAGUUUUAUUGCCAUUAGAGAAGCAAGAUUCGACUGUAUUAGAUAAAUUUAAAAAAUUAGGUUUGGAUCCCCAAAAAGAUUAUUUACCUUAUAAUGUGGCAAUUCCAUCUAUGGAGUGCAAAAAGAAGGAUUACCAAAAGAUACGAAGCACCGAGCACUUACAAAAAAUGUACGAAAAUAAAAGUGAAUUUAUUGAUUUGAUGGAUAUGGUUGAUACGACACAAAAUGAUCUAGAUAUCGUUUUGGCACAAUCAAGCGGAGAAGAGGACGAAGUGGAGGAGGCGGGAGACCCUGAUGAUACCGAAGGCUCAUAUAAACCAUCUGACUUUAAUUCAAACUCAGCAUCCAGUUCUAGCUCUAACUCAGACCUUGAAAGUGAAAAUCACAGCGAGGGUGAAACUCCACGUACUAAUGUUGAUGAAAAGAAGGUUUUGAGGAACAAAAAACGUAAGAUUAUACAUGACGAUGAGGAGGAAGAGGAAGAAGAAGAGACUAUUGGCUUAAGAUUGCGAAAAAGUGCCAAACCAAAACCUGAAAGUGAGAAACCUAAACAGUACUUCUUGCGCAGUAAAUUCAGUGGUUAA